AUGCAGAGGUUUGUCAGUAAGUUUGUUUCCACACCACCAGUACCCAAAAAGUUUCAAGAGAUUUUCCCGAAGAAACGUACGGUUAACAAAAUUUUAUUCCAGUUAGAUACAAGGCUUACAUACCAUGAAAUGUACCCGAUAUUUCUGCAGGUAUCACAAAAUACUAAUGAAGAGAAUAUCCCAUGGAGGAAGAAAUACCCCUAUAUAAGGAGUUCAGACAUUAUGCAGAUGCGAAACGUCUUGAUAACUCUAAGGACGCAGAACAAAUUCGUCCACAAAGACUUAUUAGCUAUGGAGGAUAAAUUAUUGAAUAUUGCUGCCGAACUUGGCAACAACGAUGCUAUAUCCAUCCUAAGCUUCAACGUGAUACAUGAAUAUAAAAAGGAAAACGUCAAAUCCAGUUAUGAAAAAGACAUUGAAACGGCUAAUGAAUUCAUAAAGAAGCUGUAUGCGCGUAACCAUCAUUUAACGGUUAAAUUAAUAGGGGACCUGUUUUUCGAAAACAAAACUUACGAUAAGGCUGAGAAAUAUUACCAAGAGUUCUUGAAAUUGGAAAAUAGUACCAAAUUGGCAGGCGAAGUUCACGGAAAACUUGGGGAAAUCCAAAUAAAGCAAGUCAAUGGUUUUUUGAAGGCAGAAAAGUCAUGGCUGAGUUGUAUAGAACUGCUGGAAAUUGAAAGAAGUUCACGUUGGUACUUUCUGUUAGCGAGGUUAUAUAUGAGUUCAGAGCCCAUGAAAGCCAAAGCCUUGCUAGAAAAUUGUGCAUCAAUUGGAUUUAAAGAAUGCUUUAAAACAUUAGGAUUUCUUGAAUUAAACUAUUUCAAUAAUUAUGAAAGGGCGAAAGAAUGGUUCAAAACGGGUAUGGAAAUAAUGGACUUGGAAUGUUUCUUUGGAUUUUUCGAUUGCUGUGUGAAAGAAGAGAAUUUUAAAGGUGCACGAGAUUGCCUAGAAAGCGUAAAAAAGCUAGGGAAUGAUAAAGACAAGAAAACAAUGAUAAAUGUCUUUCUUGAAAGUAGAAAAGAUUCCAUAAAGUUGCUGGACAAAGCACGGCUUUAA